AUGAUACCCUGCUCUGGUGAUGUACGCCAUACGGCGGAAGAAGGCUUGGCACUUUUUCACCGGAAUCGAAGGAGAUUGCCUCGGAAACAGCGUCAGCAUGAAUGUUCCACCAAAUUUAAUCGACAGCUGGUCAAGAUGAAUCCUCCGUCGUCUUCUGGUGGAGCCGACCUUCGAAUCUCUUCACGCAACACUUUCACUCGAAAUGGAAGUAAACUCAACAAUCAUGAAACAAGGGCAUAA